CGGAUUAAAUGCAGCGAACACACUAAUGUCUCCUAAUCUGUAAGCACUAAUAAGGUGCUAACGGCACUGAAGUUACAGGAGUUUCUUAAUCUGUAAGCACUAAUAAGGUGCUAAUGGCACUGUUACAGGAGUUUCUUCCUGCAACGUUGGUAAGCAGACUUGAGGGGCGACCGUCAUUGAGGGACAUUGAACCCAAUCUAUUUCCUGUCGACAGCGGUCCACGUCAAGGUGACGUUGUGGAGUUUCAUGGCAUGGAGGGCACAGGUAAGACAGAAACCUUGUACCACCUGAUCAUCCGCUGCAUCAUGCCAGUGCAGAAUGGAGGUCUAGAGGUCGGGGUGGUCUUCGUUGACACGGACUACCACUUUGACAUGCUGCGCUUGGUGAGCGCUCUGGAGGGACGUUUGGCCCAAGACUUAAAGGAGAGUAACGGCUCUGAAAAUGAACCAGAGGAGAGGGUACGUUCAUGUCUGCGCAGGCUGUCUGUAGUGCACUGCAACAGCUCGGUACAGCUCCUCUUAACCCUGCACUACCUCGAAAACACUUUCUCCAGCCAGCCCUCCGUCGGCCUGCUGGUCAUCGACAGCAUCUCUGCGUUCUACUGGGUGGACAGAUUCAGUGGCGGCGAGAGCACAGUUUGUCAGGAGGCUAACUUAAGAAAGUGUACCGAGUUGCUGGACAGACUCCGCAGAAACUACGGCAUUGUGGUUUUCGCCACCACUCAUGCCAUCAUGAGGAACUAUGGAUCUGAUCCAGGGGUGUCAGAUGUGCCCUGCGCUUCCUCAUUAUCAUCAUCAUCUCACAGGUGGAGGUCAGCUGAAAGCGCUACAGACUUUGACAAGCCCUACUUGUGCAGAGCAUGGCAGAGAAUAGUAACUCACAGGAUGCUGUUCACUAAAAGUCCCGUGUCAAAUGACCACAAACAUGUUUUCUCCACAGCAUGCACCAGCAUAAUGACCAAAGGUGUCAAAAGAAGCUCAUUUCAUGUCAUGGAAGACGGUAUUAAAUUUAUAUGCGACAAGUGAGCAUGAACUGAAACUCUCAGCACAGGACACUUGCGCUUUUGGGUUGUCACAAUUAUGAGGGCUACUUAGCGAAAGAAAAUGGUCCUAAAAAUGUCCACUUAUUAUCUAAUGAUCAGUGCAAUCUUUUCUAAACUACUAUCAAAGACAUGAUUUGUAUGGAUCGUUGAUACAGAAAACUACUUUGAUUUAUGGUUUAGUUGUUAUAUUAAUGGCUAAUGAAGACCUUACUGUAUCUUUCUUGGGGGAAAAAAAAUAAAACAUACAUUUUUUGCCAUUCAUUAAGGAAAUUUAUUUUAUGGAUGACCUCAAUUUAAAUUUGCUAGUGUUUGCGAAGUAAAUCAUCACUUGUGUACUAAUUGGAAGUGUAUGUGUUAGAUGCAUUAGUGUUGUUAUGGAAAUGUAGGGGAGCGCGGGGCACAACCUAAUGCGGGGUUAAAUGUAACACGGACCGUUUACAUAGUUUGUCAGGAUCAAGCAGGCUGUCUUUCCACUAUUUUUCUCUUGCUGCCAGAAGAUGGUCUCCCGCAAAUUUAUUUCGAGAAGAUACUGGACAAAGAGUGUUUUGACACCAUGAAAGUAAUUUUUUUCAUCAUAGGUUUUUUUUUCUUCUGU